AAAGGCUAAAACAGUUGACUCCAUUGUAGUUGCUUGGUGGGCUGUCUUUCAAGAAUGAGGGAAGUUGAGGUGCCUACAAAGGCUGAGAAUGAAUUGUGACUGCGGUUAGAGAAAUGGGAUUUGGCCUUACCCAUGGUGGGUCCUUCACUGGGAUCUGGCCGGGAGUGUUGUGAUAAAAAGCUCAUUUAAUUUUUUUGCAAUUCUAAUGAUUAGAAAGCCGUUUUGUAUGUUUUUUUGACUCCCCCCCCUCCGCAGUGCUUUAUUUAUUAAGACAAACGCGGGGGUGGGGGGCUUGCUCGGCACCGGGACCCCGCACCCCACCCCUCUCCCGGUUCUGUAGCUGCCGGGCCGUUCGCUGCGCUGCGAUGUGGACGAAUCCGGGGACCCAGGCGGAGAUGCUGCAGAGCCCGGCCGAGUCUGUCCUGAGUGUGAUCUUGAACAUGGGCGGUGCUGUGAGUGCCGGUGAGGACAAUGAUGAACUGAUUGAUAAUUUGAAAGAAGCACAGUAUAUCCGGACAGAACUGGUGGAACAGGCUUUCAGAGCUAUUGAUCGUGCAGAUUAUUAUUUGGAGGAGUUUAAAGAAAAUGCCUACAAAGACUUGGCAUGGAAACAUGGAAACAUUCACCUUUCAGCCCCAUGCAUCUACUCAGAGGUGAUGGAGGCCCUGGAUUUGCAGCCAGGGCUCUCAUUUCUGAACCUGGGCAGUGGCACUGGCUACCUCAGCUCCAUGGUUGGCCUCAUUUUAGGUCCUUUUGGUGUGAACCAUGGGGUGGAGCUUCAUUCUGAUGUGAUAGAGUAUGCAAAACAGAAACUGGACUUCUUCAUCAGGACAAGUGAUAGCUUUGACAAGUUUGACUUCUGUGAACCCUCUUUUGUUACUGGUAACUGCCUAGAGAUUUCUCCAGAUUGUUCUCAGUACGAUCGAGUGUACUGUGGGGCUGGUGUGCAGAAGGAACAUGAAGAGUACAUGAAGAAUCUGCUCAAAGUUGGAGGGAUCCUUGUCAUGCCUCUGGAAGAGAAGUUGACCAAGAUAACACGCACAGGCCCUUCUGCUUGGGAAACCAAAAAGAUCCUGGCUGUUUCCUUUGCCCCUCUCAUCCAGCCCUGCCACUCAGAGUCAGGAAAGUCCAGACUUGUCCAGCUACCACCACUCGCUGUGCGCAGUCUCCAGGACUUGGCCCGAAUUGCCAUCCGGCGUGCCAUUAAGAAGAUCAUUCAUCAGGAAUCUUUGAGCAAAAGUGGAAAUGGACUGAAGAACACCCCCAGGUUUAAACGAAGGAGGAUCCGCCGCCGUCAAAUGGAAACAAUAGUCUUUUUGGACAAAGAAGUUUUUGCCAGUCGUAUUUCCAACCCCUCUGAGGACAACAGCUGUGAAGACUUGGAAGAGGAGCGGAGGGAAGAAGAGAAGACCUCAGCAGAAUCCAAGCCAGACCCUCCGGUGAACUUCCUCCGGCAGAAAGUCCUGAGCCUUCCUCUGCCAGACCCCUUGAAAUAUUACUUGCUUUAUUACAGAGAGAAAUAAAUCUCCCAACUGAGAAGGGGAAGUGAGGAAGAGCCAGUUUCAAGUCUGACUGUGCCCACUGUCUGCUACUGAGGGAUCUCCUGGGAGCCGAUGCCAUGGGGAAGGAAACUGCUAUACCUAUCCACAUUGUAAUUUUCUUUUUCUGGUCUUUUUUUUUGGUACCGGGGAUUGAACUUGGGACCUUGUGCUUGCUAGGCAGGCGAUGGAACCACUGAGCUGAAUCCCUGGCCCUCUGGUUCUUGAUUGUUCUCUAAAAUUUUGAUUCAAUAAUGUGAUUUAUUUAAACAUAAUCUGACAAGACACAAGAAGAGUGUUUUCUUCAAGUGGGGAGAUCUUAUCUCCCUCUGCUGACACAUGUACGGUGGGACCUUAAACUCCUUCACACCAGGUGCAUGUCACACAUUACAAAGAGUGAAGUCAGGACUACCCUGUGUGAAGCAAAGCACAAGUUUGUAAAUGUAUAAAAUCCUUUUCAGUUUACCAUACUGCGUCUUGAGUUUGAAUUGUAUGGUAAGCAACCUCUUAAUUACUGGCACUGAGUUCCACUGAACUUUUUUAGUUUUCGGGAGGGGGAAACAUUAUUGAGAAGUCUUUCUUAUUUUAAUGAAAUUAAUGAAAUGUUAUGUGAAUUGUUGGCUCUUAAGUUUUAAAAGAAAAAAUUAUGAUCAGGGGAGGAAGAAUAAAGGUAUCAAACUGCCAGGUAUCUUUCUGGAAUUUGAAAA